AUGGCCCACAACGUAGCCUCCAUCGGAAUCAUUGGCGCUGGGCCCUGCGGCCUGACCUUCGCACGCUUGCUGGAGACGAACAAUAUCGACUGCGUGGUGUUUGAGAAAGACAUCGACUCAGCUCCCACGCCGAUGUACCAGGGCGGAACUCUCGACCCUCAUGGCCCUUCCGGCCAGCAGGCUCUGAGAAGCGCAGGCCUCCUUGAGGUGUUCAGCAAGCUCGCGCGGUGGGAUGCUACCAAAUUCGUCGUUCAGGACCCAACGUGCACCUUGAAAGCAGAGUUCGGGCGGGAUCAUGACGCUCCGGAGAUUGAUCGUUGCCAGCUGCGCCAACUCCUCCUUGAUUCAAUUCCAUCCCAUAAAGUGCGAUUGGGUCAUAGUGUUCAAGCAAUCGACAAGGGGUCAGGCUCGGACUGGAUCGUCAAGUUCAAAAAUGGCGCUUCUGCAUCUGGAUUCCAGCUCAUUGUCGGAGCUGACGGCGCGUGGAGCAAGGUUAGGCCAUUGCUUACUAUGGCGAAACCUGAAUAUUCUGGGAAGAUGUUCAUCGAGGGUCGACUUUCGCAUGGCAACCCGAGUUACUCCGCCGCGCUAGAACUGUCGGCACCCGGCAAUAUGAUGGCUUUGGGCCAUGGACGAACGGUCUCAGUGCAACAGAACCUGACAAGAACAAUCCUUGACAUAGCUGAUACCGAAGCUACACGACAAAAGCUUCUCUCCUCUUCACAAUUCUUCGCGGAUUUUGCCCCUGAGUUACGAAGCUUUAUUUCUGACGCUGAAGGUCCUUUCCGACCCUGGCCUCUUUACCGCAUGCCCAUGUCCUCCGUUAAAUGGACUCGUGUUCCAGGAGUUACCCUUCUGGGCGACGCCGCGCAUGUAUCGACGCCAUUUGUGGGCGAAGGAGUUAACAUGGCCAUGUACGACGCCCUCAAGCUGGCUGAGAGUAAGUCCAACGAGUAUGGAAAAGACCCUUCUGAGCUUGAGAAGGCCGUCAAAGAAUAUGAAACGGAGAUGUUUGGCCGCGCUCAAGACUUCAUUAAGCGCUGCAUCAUGAGUGAGGAGAUAUUCUUUGCCGAGGACGGGGCUCGGCGAUUCAUCAACAUCAUUAGCCAUGCUGUCGAUUUCAGCAAGAACAACUGUUUGUCGAUGGGGAGUGAGCCUGGCGGCUUGGUGCUAAGUGAUGUGCUAGGCAAACGUUAA